AUGAUAAAACUUAUUCUAAUCCUAGUUACACUUGGAAUAUGUUGCCGAUCUGAGCCAAUAGCAAGUUUUUUCGACGGAUUGGAUAGCAGGAAUGAGUGUAAAGCGAGGCUGGAUAGACGGCUGACUGGAUUCUCGGGAUUACUGUACUCGCAUUCCAAAUAUGGACAGGAGCCAUACAACACUAGCAGAAACUGUGUGCUGAUGUUGGUAGCCCCAAUUGGAUAUAACAUCAGAGUUCGAGCCAUUGAAUUUGAUGUUGCUAGAACCGAGAACGCAAGGAACUGUGAGAGAGACACCUUACAUGUCUUUGACCAUGAGACGACACUUGAUCCGGAAAGCUACGCACCUGCUCGCAUCGAUGAUAUAACCUCGCCAGGCCCGAUUAUCGGACAAUUUUGUGGACACUUUGAAAAUCGCAUUUUGAACAUGAGCUCACACAACGCGCUGACCCUGUGGUGGCACUCAAAUCCGAACGGAUCGAAUUCAAAAGGCUUCAAGUUGCACUGGGGAGCGUUUCGAGUUUCCAGGACUGGUAACUGUGUUACUGGAGAGUUUUCUUGCGGAAACGGCGAGUGCAUUCCCAUCGAAUCCGCAUGCGACCGUUUUGCUGACUGCUCGAACGGCGAAGACCUAAUCCACUCGCGUCAGAUGGCAGCUAAUUGUCAGAACAUCGAGCUGGACCCGUUGACAACUGUCAGUGGUGUUUUCGUAUUGUUGUUCUCGGCCACCAUCAUCCUGUCACUCUGCGGAUUCAUCAUGUUCGUCUGCUGCCUAUGCAAAUGUUUGAAGAGUAGCAUUCCCAUCAAAGGUGCCGCAUCUCAUACCACUACUACGACAACAACAAACGGAGAAUACAAACCAGAACCACCUCAAUUCUAUCCACCAUCCCCACCAAAAAUGCCACCACCAUCAGCAGCCAGCGGUUACACCCCAAGAUUACAUCAUCAUUUCGAAGGCCCAAUGGUCCCGAGCGAAACCAGUGGAUUCCAUUCUGCCCGUCAUCAGAACCACUACAGUGUCAACAGCGAUAUCAACGGAGACUACACCUACGUUCGCAACGAUGUGCACCGAAACCUCCUCUGA